AUUCAAUGAUCAAUGGAUGGUGUAGGUACCUAGGUAUUGUGUGUGUGGUAUUAAGGAUUUGAAUUAAAUAAUAGUAAUUUGUUGUGAUUUUGAAGUCUUAAACAUCGGGCUAAACUGCCCUGAUGGAUAUUGAUAUAUUUGUUGAGAAUAAAGACUGCCUCUACGGGGCAGACUUAUUGGAUGAGUUGACAAAAGAUUAUCAGUGGUCAUCCCUCCUAGAUGCAACAGAUGCAUCUCCCAGUGAAAUUUUAGCAGAUGCAGCUUUGGUCUCGCCAUUUUCACCUCUCCUGAGUGUCAAGUCUUCCCCAAAUGAGAGUAGUAACUCUGAUUCAGGGAGUGAAGAUGAUUCAAAAAAUGGUUCCUGUUGUACAUCCAACCGUCAGUCAUCAGAGUCUCCUUUGGAUUGGAUCACUAAUUUUAGAGAUGAACUACCAAUUGACCUGAAAAUUGAGGAUGUUGAUUUAUUUUUACAAAAAGCAGUGCCAGUUCAAACACCAAAAGAUGAAACUAAACCAAAUGCAUUUGAGAUAAAAGGACCUGUAAUGUCCAUAGAAAAUGGUAUCAUUAAGGGUGUAAAACUUGAAAAUGAAGGCUGUGAUAUUCCAGUAGAGUCAACUUACAAAUCAAGCAAUAUCCAUAAUGGAAAGAGUUACCUGCAAAAUGCAUACUUUAAAGUGGUCAAUGAGAAUACCCUACCUGUAACAAAAGAAAAUGGUCAGAUAGUACUGAAUGACCAAAUUAAAUUAGUAGUUGAUCAGAAAAAGCUACCCAGUAUACUGAAGAGGCCACAAGUAUUAGGGAAUAGUAAGCCAAGUAUUGUGAUUCCUUCAGAAAGUACAAAGGGCGGGAAAAUAGCUAUAUCUCCCCUACCACAGACCAAUAUUAAGAGCACAGGUUACCAAGUUAAGCUGUCGCCGCCUAGAAGCAAUGUUGUGAUAAAUCCAAAACCAGUUUUAGCUAAGCCGUCUAACCCACUUGGUGGCGUACAAAAUGGGUCGCCUUGCAGUGAUGUAGAAGCCAUACCUGUCCCAAAUGCAAACUUGAGUAAUAUAAGUGAUGCUGAGAUCAUUCGAGCUGUUAAGAAGCAGCAGCGAAUGAUCAAGAACCGUGAAUCAGCUUGUCAAUCACGGCAAAAGAAGAAGGAAUACGUAACAGCCCUCGAACAGCAACUAUUGGAGGCGCAGCAAGAGAUCGCGCGACUGAGGCUUGAGAACAAACUGCUAAGAGAUCAGCUGGAAACCAACGGCAGAGGCCGAAAGAUACCGCGCCUGGAUGCGUCACUGCUGAUACCCAAAAAGAAUAUCGCUGUUAUUUUCGCUAUGGUGUUUAUGGUCUCGUUAAACUUUAACGUAUUGGGGUGGAACUCCAAGCCUUUUGUUGGCCCUACGUCUCCACACAGAAGCACGCGGCAUUUAUUAUGGUCGGAAGAUAAUAUAGCCGAUGUAGCUGAAGUGAACGACCAAAUACUUAAUAGGACAUAUGGUGCGGACUGUCAGAAUGCGACGGUAAACAAUAUCAACCAAACAGAGAGCAUCAGGAUAGCUGGAGAACUGAACAAGUGGAUCGGCGGAGGGAAAACGCUCAACUGGACUUACGACGUGCCGCGGAGAAAGAGCAAAGUUUAUACAAACGAAGAAAGGAUCAGUGGUGGUUUAUUAGACACAUACAAAUUAUUCAACAAACUGAGCAUAGAAAACAAUUUGAUAGAGUUACCAACUGCUAGAAUUCAAGGCAAAAACGUAAGAGAGAAGUCUCAGUUGCGUCGAAUCAGGCGCAGGGAACUGGACAUAGCAGAUCAUGUGAUUGGCUACGAAGGCUUGUACCGCAAGUCGAAGAGAAAAACAGUGGACGAUUUUGACAUGGGGGAGUGGAAUGAUUUACUACAAGCUCUGCAAAGGCGUGACGAUACAUUCUAUGUUGUCGGCGUCGGGAAAGGAGAACAUCUCUUACUUCCAGCUGUGUCACAUAAUGUUACUAGGCCGCCGAAGAUGGCACUCAUCUUGCCGGCCAGAGGAGGCAAUGAUUCGGUCACAACCGAUCACGUGACGUUGAUGCAGAUAGAAUGUUCUGUUGUCAACACAACACUAGUUAAAUUAAAAUCAGAAACAUUACCUAGAAGUGUGAGGAAAAAGGAUGCAGGACUAACAAAAUCCUCAUUCAAAGAGCAAGAAAACAACAAAACUGGCAAUAACAGCGAAGGGCAGGCUGUUGAUUCCAGUAUUCGAAACGGACUACAAAAUUCGAGUAACAUUCCAAAACUCCCAGCUAAGUUAAAACAUCAACAUGUUGAUGUCAGAGAUGAUUUAUUCGCUCAAUAUUUAUUUUCUAAGUAUGAAGAGUCUAAAACUGACAGUUCUGUAAAUAAAAAUAAAUUUGUUGGAAAUAAUACUUAAAACGUGAGUAGAGUGUGAUAUACGCGUGUGUUUUAAUAUGAAUAAGCAAUAAUAACAUAGUGUAUUCUUUUGUAAUAGGAAGGUUUGUUCUCUUUAGCUUUUAAGGAUUUUCCACAAUUGGGCAAUAUUAUCUAUGACUAGAUAUCGUUAACAUUGUGCGGGUGUUUUUAUAUGUACGUAGAUACAUCAAUGAAAUGGCACUAAAAAUAAGCCUUGCAUGAGAGCGACAGAUAUAGAGAUUUCACUGGUGAAAAUACCACAAAAGAUUUAUAAUUUCACUAGGCGCGUCGCGAUAAUACUGACAUUGACGUUUGUUUUCUUGUCUUACUAAUGAAAUAUAACAAAAA